AUCGAAAGAUGGACUUGGCGGAUUUAAUGGAAGUGGAAAACGGUGAUCACUCAAUCAAUCAGAAGCACGUUCAAAUCACCUUUUUCAGUAAAGAUGAAGAAAUUCCGCAAAUUCCGGAUGCCGUCUUUGAUGUUCCGACUGGAGCAGAAUGUGAUGAUAUGAAUCUUCUAUUGAACAAGACUAUUGAAGCCAAUGAUGGUGCAUGGAAAGAGCGGCGAUUCGAAUUUCUGGUUGGUGAAACGUUUUUGCGCACGAGUCUAGCUGAAUUCAUCGAGGAAUACGAAGUGGAAACGGAAACAAUCCUUAAAGUGGAAUGCGUAAUUGGAAUUGAAGCUCCAAAACCACUUCAUGAUAUCCAAGCGCCUGAUUGGGUUUCUUCGGUACAAAUCGCAAACGGCCACAUUUUCUCAACAACCUACGGAGGAGACAUUGUAAUUGUGGAUCGUAAAGGAAAAGAGACAAAGUUGGCUGUUAAUUCAGCAAAUCGUCUUUUAAAGUGCAUCUCAAUCGUCAAAGCACCAUCUAAGAAAAAUCAAUUGGACGGUACAGAAUUUGUGGUCGGCGGUGAAAAUCAACUGCUGACUCUCUAUGCAAUUGAAAAAGGAGCACUUGUUGAGAAGCUCAUCCUUCGUGGUCAUGAACGUGCCGUCGAAUGUGUUUCAGUCAACUCGGAUUCGACCCGUGCGAUUUCUGGAUCAGUCGACACAAAUCUCAAAAUUUGGAACUUGGAUGCAUCUGAUGAAGCAACAACAUAUGAGAAAGAAGAAGAAGAAGAAAGUGCGAAGAAACGCCGAAAGAAAGAAACCAAAACUAAAGUUCCGAUGGUUACGAUUGGAGGGCAUCGUGACAAAGUAUCCGCAGUCGAAUGGUGUCCAUGGAAUUCUGGACACGCAUUUUCGUGCUCGUGGGAUCAUACUAUUGUUGAAUGGGAUUUGGAAUUAGCUGGUGAAAUUUCGCGGAUCAAAGGACCCAAAUCAUUCACAAGCAUUGAUCUUCAUCCGAAGAGUGAUCUUCUCAUCUCCAGUUGUACUGAUGCUAUUCCAAGACUUUAUGAUCCAAAAAAUAGAGAUGGAAGUAUGGUUAAACAAUCAUUCAUUGGACAUCAAAAUGGAUGGGUUGAAGCUGUCAAAUGGAAUCCGUUGGAUACAAAUCAAUUUGUUAGUGUUUCCACCGACAAAACUGCGAAAAUGUGGGAUGUAAGAUCCUCAAAGUCUUCAUUGUUCGACAUUCAUGGACACGAUGAUCGUAUUUUGUGUGCCACGUGGAAUGAAGGACUAAUUGCAACUGGAUCCGCAGACUGCACAAUCAAAAUCUUUGAGACUGCUUGAUUUGUUUUGUUUUUUGUUAUUCUACAAAUUCUUAUAUUGUUUUUUUUUCUAUAUACCGCGUUUUCUAUUUGUUGAUUUUGAUUUUUUGUUGAACUUUUUAUGAAGUUAUCCACUUG